UUCCCACUUUCUAUGAGUUCUAAGCAUAUUCACAACAUGCUUUAACGUAGGCGCACUUCAAACAAAGCCUAUAGUUCUGAAUAGGAUUUUUUUGAUAUUAUAUAGAUUUUUUUUUAUUUGAUGAUUUCUUUGUUUGUAUUUCGUUUGCAGUAGAAACGAUUAGAUAUUCUCAUGUUUCUUAACAACGGUCGAUCUGAUCUAAGGGUGCAUUGGAUAUGACCUCUUUUAAGAUGCAACCACUCUCCUAAAGAAAACCAUUUGUUUGUUUUAUAGGCGCGAUGUGCUAAGGUAUUACGCAAUGACUUUCGUUAUUGAAAAUUCCAAUUAAUUCCAGGACUGUUCAAGGUAUUUGUCGAAGUUAUGUGCCUAUUUUUGAAGAUUGUGUAUUAUGAUGUAUUUCAUUAAGAUAGUGGUGUGUUCCCUUGUGUUGUAGGAUAAUGAGUUGUAUGUGGGUGGUAGUACGUGUGAAAAAAAAUCAGGCGGUGCUUUCACAACGUAGGAGAAGGUGUAGUCGGGUAAUAUUUGGUUUGUUGUUAUUUAUUGUUAAAUCAAGGGUUGUUGUUGUGGCUGAAGUUAUUUUUUUAAUUAUUAUUCCUGCAUCCUAACUUGACAUGUCUAAUUGAGACCUUUAGGAGAAUACUUCAUAGAUUUGAUCCUAGACGAUGUGGUUGGGUUAAAGAGAUGGGUUUUAGUGGGUUGUUGAGUAUCUCUGGUGACUUGCUACUUCCUAUGUAGAUUGGCUAUUGGUUGAUGUCGCGCAUAGAUCCUAUCUCUAGGAAAUUAAUUGGUUGUGAUGGGAAAGAGUUAUUUUUUCAAAGAAUCAGGUGCAAUGGGUCCUUGGUAUACCCCAUGGUGGUCUCCCUGUUCCUAGCUACAAAACUAUGAAUUUUGAUGAAAGGGUAAAAGUUGAUGAAAUACUUCGCAAGCAUGGUAAGUCAUUGUAGAGCAAAUAUUUAAGGGAUUGUGAUCGUGUAUAUUACUCUAAGAGUAUCACAGUUGAUUCUAAGAUAAUGGAUUUUUUAGAGGGUGUUUGGCAAGAUGAUCAAGAAGAAGAAUUUAAGACACUUUUUCUAUUAGUAUCUCUUGAUUUGGUUUUGUGUCCUACACAGUCACCUCGACUAGCAGUAGACUUGAUUCCUGCUCUUACUUGUGCCAUGAAUUGUGCAAGCUAUGGCUGGUGUGGUCUUGUGAUUGAUAGCUUGAUGGAACCGGUUUCCAGUUUUGCAUGCCGCUUUUAUGGUUCAGGUUUUGCGAUUGGAUGUGGUGGAUGUUCUAUAUUUGUCGUGUUAUUCUAUUUGGACAGGUUGAAUAGGAACCCUAUAGAUUGGGGAGUGUUUCCUCGUAUUAAGGUUUGUAGUAUGAAGUUAAUCCGCAGUGCAUGUAAAACUGAUCGAACUACCCCGAACGGAGACUAUGGGAAAUUGGGGGUAAGUGUAAGAUGUUUGUUAUUAUUAGUAAUUCUGCAAGUAGUACUUGUUAUUAUUUAUAUUGUUGUUUUGAGAUUAUUGCAGAUGUUAGAUGUCGCUUAUGGUGAGCAUCACCCAAGGUGUGCCAGAGACAUUGAAGCCCCAAGAUCGGAUGACUAGGGUGCAUGUCUUUCCUCCGUGAAUUUACGAAAGAGGAGGCGAGAAACGACUGAUCAAACUCCCUUCAUGCGGAAGCGCGACAAGACAAACUCCGGGAUAUGGGCACACCUCAAUUACUUGUGUAGCUAACUGAAUAUUGUUUCUAUUUAUAACUGAACAGACUAAAUGCGUAUACGUGUGUUGGGUCAGGUUGGUGAAAGCUUCUUAUGCGCAGGAUCUUUUUUAUGCCCUCGAUUCAAAUCACUUAUAGGGCGUUUGCACGAUAUUCAUCCAAUUCAUUGAUCGGUGUGAAAUCACAGUCUUCUUUCCCAACCGUUUAAAGAAGGUUGUUUUUAUAACAUCGGCAAAUAGUAUGUCCUUUAAACCGUCAGUUGUGUUCAUAUCACUACGUCAUUGCAAGGCAAUAAUUUUGCAAUCGGGGAUGCAUUCCAUUACACUUGCAUUCCUCUUUAAUGAGAUAUUCAUUGUGCUUUAAUCCAUGUUUUCUGUGUAUUGUAUUGGGUCAUAUAAGUGAUGAUUGGUAUUUAAUCCUUCGUACAUCU